GUGAUAAUAUUACUGUCCCUGUAGGCUGAGUGGAGAUUGGUGUUCUCAAACCUGGCAUAGUGGUCACUUUUGCUCCAGUCAGCGUUACAACUGAAGUAAAGUCUGUUGAAAUGCACCAUGAAGCUUUGGGCGAGGCUCUACCUGGGGAUAAUGCAAGCUUUAAUGUCAAGAACAUGUCUGUCAAAGAUGUUCAUUGUGGCAAUGUGGCUCGUGAGAGCAAAAAUGACCCACCAAUGGAAGCAGCUGGUUUCACAGUUCAGGUGAUUAUACUGAACCAUCCAGGCCAAAUCAGUGCAGGAUAUGCACCUAUUCUAGAGUGUCACAUAGCUCACGUUGCUUGCAAAUUUGCUGAGCUGAAGGAAAAGAUUCAUCAUUGUUCCGGGAAAAAGCUGGAAGAUGGCCCAAAGUUUUUGAGAUCUGGAGACGCUGCUAUCGUUGAUAUGGUUCCCGGCAAACUGAUGUGUGUUGAGAGCUUCUCUGACUAUCCUUCUCUGGUCUGCUUUGCUGUCUGUGACAGGAGACAUUUGCUGUUGGUGUCAUCAAAAGCAGUGGACAAGAAGGCAGCUGGAACUGAUAAAGCCACUAAGUCUGCCCAGAAAGCUGAGAAGGCUAAAUGAAUAUUAUCCUCCACA